AUGGAACGAAAUGACAUUCUAGGUGACGACGGAAGGACAGCCAUACGCGCUGUUGUGAAGGUAUCGAUUUUUCAUAGAAGGAAAUACACGAGGAAUGAAGUGGAAGGACGACUUCGUGGUUGCUUCAUUGAUCCCCCAGUAAACUUGUUUUCGUCGGUGCUUCCAGACUGUGAAAAUGCCGGAAAACCAAGCUACGUAUACGACAUAGGCCACAUUCACAAAGCUCUAUCCAUGCUGUUAAAGAUGAAGGGGAUAGAAACUUCUACAACCGCUUCGAAAGAAGAUGAAGACGAAAUCAAUAAAGCAAGGCGAGAUAUUAAGAGAGAGUACGAAGAAAGUAUUUCUUCUCAUCGCGUCGAAAAGGUUAGCUUAAAAAAAGGUUAUGAAUCUAUCAAUGAUACUUUUCCCCUCAUUGAAGGGAACGAACAACAUGAAGUCAAGCUGGAACAGAUUGUUCAGCGAGAGGUAGUGGAUGAUCUAGACACCUUUUACAGCAACAGCUCCGAUAAUGAAAUUCCUCCUGUUAUCCAAGACACUGUUUGUGAUGAGAAGGACGACGCUAGCCCUGACGACGAAGAGAACCGAACAGAAAGCCUGGACCCGGAAGCUUGGGUGGAUGAUGAUCAUGGUUCCGGCUUUAUUGUUGCUAAUAACUUAAUCAUUACCUCUAAACAUGUUGUUGAAGGUGCUAAGAAAAUUCUUAUUUCUAAUGCAGUAAUUCGUGAGUUACCAUGCGACGUUGUUGAAGAGGAUCCCCAAAAUGACCUAGCCUUACUUUAUUGUGAAAAACUGGAUUUAGCGAAAAGUGGAAUCUGUCCAUUGGAGUUAUCCGAGAGAGAACCUUUGCAAGGGGUGCCAAUAUUUACCCUUGGGUAUCCAAUAAGUCAUACUGGAAAAGCCGCCCUCUUUGUUAAGGGCUAUGUUGCUGGGGAAACUGGCGAACGUUACGGACGAGAACCUUUACUGACUUUUAAUAUUCCUGUAAAUAACGGCAAUUCAGGUGGACCUGUAUUUUGGCGAUGUGAGGAGGAUAAAUAA